AUGGAUUCUACAAAGCACGCUGAGAUAGUUAUGCUGUGUUGGUCACUCUGGACGUCACGUAAUGAUCUCAUACGGAAUCAGAAAACUUAUUCGGCUCUUAAAAUAGUAGCAGCAGCAAGGCAGUAUCUUGCACAGUGGAAAGCGACCCAAAGCAGAUCGUUUGUCACUCCUCUUCAACCUGUUCUUGAAGGAGAUGGAGCUUGCACUUGGGUUAAGCCUCAACCAAAUAAAGUCAAGGUAUCAGUUGAUGCAGUUGUUUUUGGGGAACGUCAGGGAGUGGGUUUUGGUAUGGUGGCCAGAGAUUGCAGUGGAGAUCUUAUCGAAGCUAAAGCAAUUUUUUAUCCGAACAUGGUCACACCCCUUAUGGCAGAGGCUAUGGCGUUCAAGGAGGCCCUUAGCUGGAUGGAGAUUCGAGAUUGGCAUGACGCUACUGUGGAGACUGACUGUCUUGGUGUAGUGCAAGAUAUCAGAAGCCAAGUAGCUAUGCGAUCCUACUUUGGGUCGAUUAUUGAGGAGUGCCUACUCCGUAGGUUGAACAACGUCAGUUUGUUUUUUGUUAAACGAUCUGCUGAUAUGAAUCUUGAUUUGGGCUGUGCAAGUUCUUCGAAAUACUCCUGCUUUUCUCCGAGACCUCUGUGUUUUGAUCAGAGCAAUGCUGUUCAUGAAGCUCUUCAUGGAUAUGUUCCCUGGUUGCCACAGCCAAGUAGUUUCGUCGACACCAAUACUUUCUCAGAUCAAGGACAAAUGAGAACUGAUCUUGGUGGAUAUCCUAUGAUGUACAAUGAAGCAAAUCAAGUUCCUGUAACUUCUGUGCAAAGUAAUACCGUCCCUGCAGAUGGUCCAAGCUACACGGGUGGUUCUACAAUGAAUCAGAAUGGAGGCUCUGGUCAGGCGUUUACUCAACCAAGGAACGACAGUCAGAAUGGAAAUCAUACUCAAGGCUUUACUGAAACGAACAAUGUUCAGAAUGGAGCCAAUUUGCCAAAUCCACAGGGUAUUGCGUCAAUGGCUAUGAGGAAUGAGGGCUGGAUGGUUUUGCAGAAUGCUGUCGUGGUGGAAUUGGUGCAAUGCAUGCGUGUUAUGAAUGAUAUUCUACGUCGGGUUAGUCUACAGGUAGAGGCAAACGAGGCUGUUCCUAGGCAUGAUCAGCAAACUCCUAACAGGAUCAGGAGCAGUUUUCAAGAUCUGCCAGUUCCCACGAGUACUAAAACAAUAUUUGUAGGAGGUUUAUCGUCCACAGUCACAGAGAAUGACUUGAUGGAUUAUUUUUAUCAGUUUGGGACAAUCACAAAUGUUAAGGUAAUGUAUGAUCACUUCACACAAAGGCCUAGAGGUUUUGGUUUCAUCACAUUUGACUCAGAGGAGGCAGUAGAUGAGGUGCUACACUGGACAUCUUUCCAUGAACUCAAUGGUAAAAUGGCUAAGGUCAAGCGAGCUAUUCCCAAGGACAUAUACCAGAAUUCAAUCAGGGGCCGGCUAGGAGCGCUAAACUAUGGCCUGAGCACCGUGAGCAAUCUCCUCCGUGCCUGCACUCAGGGGUAUAAUCCUGGGCAAGUUGGAGGUUCUGCUGCUGUUAGCGGCAGUGGAUAUCCUUGGAUACCUUGAGCCAGCUGCUGGAUUUUGUUAAACAGAGCACGAUUACCACAAA